AUGCCUCGUUAUAGUACCACUGAUGAAGUUAUGGGACUCCGUAUACCAGCUUUCAGAACUCGCCUUAUGAUGAAAAGUUCUCCUGAUGUAGAUUGUGUUUCAUCAGAUUCUGUUGUAUGUCUGUCUAAAGCAACUGAAAUGUUUGUAAGUGAGCUUGUAUCCAGUGCAGUGCGUGGUAAUCGAUCUGAAUUGACUUACAAGGAUCUUUCUCGUCUUCAAUGUCAUUUGGAUCGUUACAGCUUUCUAGCUGAUGUUCUACCUCAAAAAAUCACUGCUAGAGAGUGGAUAGAGAAAUACAAGUCUGAAUUCGACGCAUCUUGUCCAUGA